AUGGAGCCAGAUGAUCAAGCAAGAGUGGAUAUUGAUUGGCCAGUGAUCAUCCCCAAGGUUCUGGAGGCAGACAACCUUACGGCAACAACAUAUUUCAUUCUUCUGGGAUUUCCCACCCGACCUGCCUUCCAGCUGCUCCUCUUUUCUGUUUUCUUGGCAACCUACUUGCUGACGCUGCUGGAGAACUUCCUGAUUAUCCUAGCCAUUCGCAGCGAUGCGCAGUUGCACAAGCCCAUGUACUUCUUUCUGAGCCACCUUUCUUUCCUAGAGAUGUGGUAUGUCACAGUCAUCAGCCCCAAGAUGCUGGUAGACUUCCUUAGCUCUGACAAGAGUAUUUCUUUCAAUGGUUGUAUGACUCAGCUGUACUUCUUUGUGACCUGUGUCUGCACAGAGUACAUACUCCUUGCUGUAAUGGCCUUUGACCGUUAUGUGGCCAUUUGUAAUCCACUACGCUACCCAGUCAUCAUGACCAACCAGCUUUGUGGGAUCCUAGCUGGGGGAUGUUGGCUCUGUGGAUUCAUGACCGCCAUGAUUAAGAUGGUUUUCAUAGCCCGGCUCUACUACUGUGGCACACCUCAUAUUAACCACUACUUUUGUGAUAUCUCUCCGCUCCUCAAUGUUUCCUGUGAGGACUCCUCACAGGCUGAGUUGGUGGAUUUUUUCUUGGCACUCAUGGUCAUUGCUGUUCCCCUUUGUGUCGUAGUGGCAUCCUAUGUCACCAUCCUCACCACCAUUCUCAGGAUUCCUUCUGCUCAGGGCCGCCAAAAGGCCUUCUCCACGUGUGCUUCUCACCUGACAGUUGUAACUCUCUUCUAUUCCACUACCCUUUUCACCUAUGCCCGCCCCAAGCUCAUGUAUGCUUACAAUUCCAACAAAGUAGUCUCUGUGCUUUAUACUAUCCUUGUCCCCCUCCUCAAUCCCAUCAUUUACUGCCUGAGGAACCGUGAUGUAAAGGCAGCUCUCAAGAAGACCAUGCUUUGCAAAGGAAGUGGGCCCAGAGAAGAUACAGAUUUAAGUAGUUAA